CUUCCGGCGGCCUAGGCUUACGUUUACUUUGCGCCGGAAAGAGAGCCUGUGAACGCUUUCGGAAUUAUGGCGGCGGUGGAUAUCCGAGACAAUCUGCUGGGAAUUUCUUGGGUUGACAGCUCUUGGAUCCCUAUUUUGAACAGUGGUAGUGUCCUGGAUUACUUUUCAGAAAGAAGUAAUCCUUUUUAUGACAGAACAUGUAAUAAUGAAGUGGUCAAAAUGCAGAGGCUAACAUUAGAACACUUGAAUCAGAUGGUUGGAAUCGAAUACAUCCUUUUGCAUGCUCAAGAGCCCAUUCUUUUCAUCAUUCGGAAGCAACAGCGGCAGUCCCCUGCCCAAGUUAUCCCACUAGCUGAUUACUAUAUCAUUGCUGGAGUGAUCUAUCAGGCACCAGACUUGGGAUCAGUUAUAAACUCUAGAGUGCUUACUGCAGUGCAUGGUAUUCAGUCAGCUUUUGAUGAAGCUAUGUCAUACUGUCGAUAUCAUCCUUCCAAAGGGUAUUGGUGGCACUUCAAAGAUCACGAAGAGCAAGAUAAAGUCAGACCUAAAGCCAAAAGGAAAGAAGAACCAAGCUCUAUUUUUCAGAGACAACGUGUGGAUGCUUUACUUCUAGACCUCAGACAAAAAUUUCCACCCAAAUUUGUGCAGCUAAAGCCUGGAGAAAAGCCUGUUCCAGUGGAUCAAACAAAGAAAGAGGCAGAACCUGUACCAGAAACUGUAAAAUCUGAGGAGAAGGAGACCACAAAGAAUGUACAACAGACAGUGAGUGCUAAAGGCCCCCCUGAAAAACGGAUGAGACUUCAUUACAUAAUCCUCAGUAUUAAAAUAAACAGUUGCUGACAUUUUGGAAGAUGAAGAAAAGGAAAAACCUCACUCACCAAUACCAUUACCCUAUAAAUACUUAACAGUGUUGUGAAUUUCAAUCUUAUUCUGUGUGUAGAUACUUUUGUUUUCAAUAAAGAAAAGGAAUUUAUGUUUUUAAAAGUUAUGAAGGCUGAGAAGUCCAGCAUUGAUUGGCUCCAUCUGGUGAGGGCCUUCUUGCUGGUAGGAAGUCUGCAAAGUCCCUAGGCGGCACAGGGUAUCUCAUGGCAAGGGGGCUGAGUGUGCUUGCUGCAUAUAGAUGCUUUUAAAACUGUACUUUAAUCAUUCCUUUCAUACAAUUUUACUUUAUUACAUCUGUUGUAAGCUUUUCCCAUGUUUAUGUAGUUUUUAUAGACUGUUUUAGUGUCUGAAUUUCUGUAAAUGAUUGUAUCUCAGUUUUCUUUCUGUGUUAUAUUUGGGAUUUUUUCCCAGUUUACAUUAUUUUGAAUAAGACUGCUGUGAUUAAACCUUUGUAUAAUGCCUUUUCAAUGUUUGGUAUUUGUUUCCUUAGGAUAGAGUUCCAGAAGUGGAAUCACUAGAGUCUCUGCAUUUUUAUUGCUCUUAGUCCAUAUUGCUAAGUUGUUCCUCGAAAGGUUGGACUAGUGAUCACUCAAACAGCAAAGUUUGAAAGUAUGUAUCAGGUUUUCCAGAAUUGCUACCACUGAAUUUUGUCAUUUAUGUUUUUAGUGUUAAUUAAGUAGCAAAAGUGGUAUUUUAGUAUUUAAAGUGGUUGAAGAAUUUCUCAUCUUUGUUUUCUGCUUUUAUGAAAUGUCUAAUUUUAUGUAUUGUGUGAGAUUUUUGUCUUUCAGCUUCUUAUUUUGACAUAAUUUCUGGCAAACAGAACAGUUGUAAGAAUAGUACAAAGAAUUCUUACAUAUACCUUUUACCCUAGUUCUCCAUCUGUUAACCAUUUUUCUGUAUUUUAGUCUUUAUUUUCUUUCUCUCUUUCUUCUGUCUCUGACUCUUGCUCUACUGUCACUUGCUGUUUCUCUCUUUCUCCCUCUCUCUUUCGAUCUUAUUUGUGUUUCAUCAGUGGUGCCAAUAAUGUCAUUUGCAACAGAAGAAAAUCCUGAGUUACGGGCCACAUUUAGUUGUCCUGUCUUUUCAGUCUCCUGUAACCUGGAAUGGUUCUUUAAUCUUGCUUGUUUUUCAUAACCUUGAUAUUUGUAGUUGAAGUCAUUCAUUUUGUGGAAUGUCUCUCAAUUUGGGUCUGUUUGAUAUAUUCCCAUGAUGAAAUUCACCUCAUGCGUUUUUGUGAGGAAUGCCGUAGAAAAGAUGCUUACGGAGGCACAUGCUGUCAAUUUGCUCCAUUUCUGGUGAUGUUAACAUUAAUCACUUGGUUAAGGUAGUGUCUAUAAAGUUACUCCACUGUAAAGUUAUUUUUCCUUUUAAAAGUUAUAAGUAUCUUGGAAUAUUUUGAGGCUCUGAGUAUCCUGUUAUUUCUCAAACUUUUACCCACUGGCUAGCCUCCAUUGAUAAGUCUUGCCUGAAUCAUUUAUUACUCUGAUGGUUGCCAAAUGGUGAUUUUCUGAUUUCAUUGUUCCAUGUUAUUAGUUAGCUUUCUGCUAUAAACGGCUUUUAUUUCUCCCCCCUUUUUAAAAACAACAUUGUGGACUCCUGGAUUCUUAUUUUCCUCAGUGUGUAUAUUUCUUUACUGUCAUUCAUAUUGAUGCCCAAAUUGUCCUAAAUUGGGCCAAUGGGAGCUCCUUCAAGCCGAUCCUGUGUCCUUUUGAUAUGACUUCAUCAUCCAUUGAGUGAUUUCUUUGCUCUUUAGCACAAUCAGAUAUUCCAGGCUCAUUUCAACCCUGGAGCCAGGCACUUCUAUUUCUUUUAGUGGAGAAUAGCAUUUGGAAAUCAAGAUCUGUGUGCUGGGUAUGUUCAUUGCUACUGCGAUGUUAUUGCUUCUAGGCCUUUUCAACUGACAGGGUCAGUAAUGGAGUAAAACUCAUUGUAAUCGUGUAACUUAUGUGGGUUAAGAAAUUGAACUUUGCUAGUACCCCAGAAGCUCCUUUAUGUCCCCUCCUGAUUUUAACGCUUAAUCACCUUCAUCCUCAGUUUUAUGGUAAUCGCUUGUCUUUACAGGUUUACUCUGUAACCAUGCAUCCCUAAAUAAAUGUUUAGAUUGCCUAUUUUAAAAAUUUAAUAUAA